AUGAUGAAAUUCACUGUAUCGAAUUAUAACAUUAAAUGUGCCACUGCCAGCUGGCAGUUGCUUCAAAAGAGAUUCAACACCACCACUGUCUCCACUUCAUUGCAAAUCACAAACAACGCAUUGACAUUGCCUGCUGCAAAACAACAGUCAAAGCAUUUUACAGUGCAAACCAAGACUAGAACAUUGGGUAAAUCACAAGGCCGAGUUGUCAUUUUGGGUUCAGGAUGGGCAGGGUUUCGCUUGAUUCGAGAAUUAGACAAGAAAAACUACGAUGUCUCUGUAGUGUCUCCAAGAAACCACUUUGUGUUUACACCGCUUUUAGCGAGCACCUCUGUUGGUACCUUGGAAUUUAGAUGUAUUACUGAGCCUGUUAGAACCUACUCAAAGGAAACCAACUUUUACCAAGCUUUUUGUGACAAGAUUGACGUUAAAAAUCAAGUGAUUCACUGUACAUCCAACAUUGAUGCCGACCCCACCAAGAAGGAGGAAUUCACGCUUGAUUAUGAUAAACUGGUCAUUGCAGUGGGCGCCUAUACAAAGACAUUUGGCAUUCCUGGUGUCAAAGAGUAUGCCUGCUUUUUGAAGGAAGUGAACGACGCCAGAAAGAUCAGAAAGCGGCUGAUUGAUUGCUUUGAGUAUGCCUCUCAGCCUGGUAUCAGUGACAAGGAGAAAGAAGACAGACUUCACUUUGUAGUAGUAGGAGGAGGUCCCACUGGCGUCGAGUUUUCCGCUGAACUGUAUGAUUUCAUUUCGGAUGAUCUUUCAAGACUCUACCCAGAUCUCAUGAAGAAAACCCGAAUGACCUUGUAUGAUGUUGCUCCCACCAUUCUCGGUGCAUUUGAUUCUCACUUGUCAGAUUACGCGUCUAAAAAGUUUAGUCGCAAAGGCAUCCAAAUCAAGACUCAGCGCAUUGUUGACAGAGUUGAAAAAGACCAUCUUGUUAUCAAAGAUGAAGGAAAAGUGCCCUAUGGACUGUUGGUAUGGUCCACAGGCUUGACACAGAACCCAUUGGUUGAGUCAUUUACUUCUGCUGCCAAGGACAAAUCGGGACAAAGAAUUUUGACUGAUGGGCAAUUACGAGUAAUUGAGAAAGAAUCCAAUGCACCCUAUCCCAAUAUCUACGCCUUGGGUGAUUGCGCCACCAUCUUGGACAAUGAUCUGCCAGCCACAGCUCAAGUUGCAUCCCAAAAAGCCGGUUUUCUUAUCAAAAAUCUGAAUGCCAUUGCUAAAAAGGGUUAUGAGAUCCCUGAUGGAAAGGAAUUCAAGUACAAGAACAACGGUAUCAUGGCUUAUAUUGGUUCAUAUGAAGCAUUGGUGGACAUGUCUGCCUGGCACAACUGGGCCAAAAUGUCUGGACAUUUGUCUUGGCUCCUCUGGAGAUCAGCAUACAUCAGUAAGAGUGUCAGCAUCAGAAACAAAAUGUUGAUUGCCUAUCACUGGUUCCUGACAUUUACAUUGGGAAGAGACAUCAGCCGGUUCUAA